AUGUCGAGGUCGCUGCGUACGCGUCCUAUGACGCUUUACGCCCAGGACGGUCAACAGCCCGUCAUCCCUCCUCUGCCAUCAUCGUCAGCAGCGGCUGCCUCUUCGUCUUCUUCCUCCACAGCAUAUCCCUACAACCCAUCGUCCUCACAACGACAGAGCUCCCUGCGCCAAGCCCGUCAAGAUGGCUCCUCCUCCAGCAGCACCAAUGUCCUCAAAAAGUCCAAAAAGAAGGCCUCUCAAGUCGGCAGCACCCUCAAAAAUCGUCUCUCCAUGCGAUAUGCCGAACCCACGCAGCUCGGUCCUGGUGGCUUCAGCGCCAUCCCUGCCGUUCCCGCUCUCCCACCUAUGCCAGAGAUCCACAUUGACGAUCGACCGCAUCACCUCAUCGACGACCCGUACCUGCCAGCUAUCGGCGAGUCGGCCAGCGACGCCGCCUACGAUCCCGACGACAAUGAGCUCAACGCCAUCCGCAAGUCGUCCGACACCCAACGUUCCCGCAUCGACACCUUCGACAGCGAUCCCAACGUCGACACACAGCUUCUCAGCCAGUCCGACUUUGACCCACAAGCCUACCUCCGCGCCAAGCUCUCGCAGCAGACCGAGUCGAGCCUGCGCACUUUCAAAGCGUCCCUUGCUACGGCCAAGCAGGCUGCCAACGACGACAUCAAACGCCAGGUCUUUACCCACUACUCGGAAUUCAUCACCAUCAGCAAAGAGAUUGCGACGCUCGAAAACGACAUGCUCGAACUCAAAGAGCUGCUGUCCGAGUGGAAGCAGCUGCCCCAAGCGCUCGAGCUCGACGACUCGUCCAGCACUGCCUCCUUCUCCGACUCGUUCUCGCGCGCAAAGGCGUCCGGCAAAGCCAAUCGCAACAGCACGCUCGAUCUGCAGUCCAUCUACCGAGCCCAAAUCACCUCGCUGUGGGAGGGCAUCGAGGGGUCGCAAAAGUUCUUGCCCUAUGUUCCCGGACGACACCUCAUCGCCGAAGCGAGCAGCUUCACCGAGCUCAAUGCGGCCACUUACAAACCCCAACAAAGCGUCGCUCUCUUUCUGCUGGAUGACCUGCUCCUCAUCGCCACACGGCGAAAACGUCAGAUGAGCAGCAAGGUGCGUCUCGUUGCCGAGCGCUGCUUCAGUCUCGCCGAGAUCGUCGUCAUCGACCUCAAAGACGGAGGCGAUCUCACCAACGCGCUCAAAAUCAAGCGGGCCCGCGAGACCUACGUCUACCGCACCGAUCGCGCCCAAGACAAGCGCGCGCUGCUCAACGCCUUUCGUCGUGUCGCCGAGGAGCUCGCCAAGAAGCGUCGCAACGAGUCCGAGUACGGUGCCGUCGCCACCGCACGCAAGCGCGAAUCGACCCUGCUCUCCUCGCCCCCGAUCGCACAGCAUCCAUUUGACGCUUUACGACUCGGCUCCACCUCGGGCCGCACCGACGGUGGACUCCUAACGCCGAUUGGCGAGGACAGCGACCCAACUAGCAGUUCGUCUGUCAUGGCAGCUGCAGCUGCUUCCGCUGCUUCGGAACGCAAAGACCCCGGCCGCUGGAACAACGACUUUGCCGACGAGCUCUCGGUCUGCAUCGCUCAUCGGGACUGGGACCAAGCCGUCUCGCUCAUCGAAAAGGGUCGCGGUGUGCUCUCCACGUACACCGCCACGGACGCCUCCUCUCUCGACCUGUCGGCCAAGCUCGCCCUGCGCACCGCAGAGCUCGUCGCCGCCAUCUCAGGCGACUUUUCCAAACCGCACCUCAAAAAGUCGGCGGUGCUGCGCAAUGCGUCCUUCCUCCUUCGGCUAGAUCAGGGCGAAAAGGCACGUCAGCUCUUCCUCGACGCGCGGACCGAGCUGUUGAAACGACGCACGAGGCAGAUCAAAUUUGAAGGCGAUCCAGGGGUGUACGUGAGCGAGCUGGCCAUGGUCCACUUUACAUUGGUGAAGAAUACGAGCGAGUGGUACAUGGCUGCGUUUAAGGAUGGGAGGAUGGCAAGUGGGUUUGUUCAGUGGGCGUGGGAGAGGGUGGAGGAGUACGGCGUGUUGUUCCGACGCCAGGUGUAUGGGAGUGAGGACGAGACGAGGGGGGAGAUGGUGAGGGAGAUGAAGGAGAUCAGUCUGAGAUUGGCCGGACAGCUAAGGGAUGUUGGAUUGGAUUUCACUUUCUUGUUGGAACAGCUACUGGAGCCGGAACCGGGAUCGGUGAGUGUCGAGGAGGUGCAGAAGUCAGCACAGGAGCCGGCACCACCGGUGAUUCCGAAACUCGUUCUAACACGGUCCAGCAGGAUCGGUAUGGAGGGCGAGCAGACCACGCGCGAACGAGAAGCGAAAAGAGCACAGGUCGCUUCGGCUCAAGAACUUCGUCGUCAGUCUGUACUUCAUGUCAAUUGA